GAGGUGUAACGUUAGAUAGCACCCUGGAUAAGCCGGUCUGAGCCGCCUCUUGUCCUCCUGAUCUUCAUUUACUAAUCGCAGACUGUCAGCUCACACCGUGUGUACAGCCAUUCAGGUGAUUUACCUAGAGCGCAGGAAUUGCAGUGAGUCCUGUUGUGUCCGGCCUGGAGUGUCGCUGUCCCCGGACGUCAGGAACCACAGUGUCCCUCCUCUGAGUCACUGAUCACCGGUAUCCCCGGCUUUCUCCUUGGAUGACCUACACUCAACCUCUCACAGGAGCAGCAGACGUCGGUUAGUUAGAAGUAAACACGUGCUGGUUAGGAGGAGCAGCAGGGCACCUGCUAAUAAACAUCGGGCAGCGACUCAAGCGGAGUGUCUUGCAGGCUUCAGGCCGACUCAGGAGCAGGUGACUCGGGGAACAAAAUACCACGUUGCUUUUUUUCUUCUCUUUUUUUUGUUGUCUCCGCCGUGGCUGUUGCAGGAGGGACGGACAGAGGACUGGAAACCGCAGGGUUGACAGUAGUUGACUGAUCCUGAUCAUUAACAAGACAGUCUGUAAAACAGGGCGACCACAGAAUUUCUGGAGGUUACUGGCGUUCACAUGAUGUACACAAUCACCAGAGGUCCCAGCAAACUUGUUACACAACGGAGGACAGGUCCCACACAACAAAUCGAGAGCAAAUUCAGCGACUUGAAGCUGAAGCCGACGUCUUGGCUCUCAUCAAACUCUCCGCCCCCGAAGAUCGUCUUCAACCGUCUGAACGGGAAGCGCUACCACAGUGCAGCCACACAGAAGACAGCCGGCCCAGCAGAGGGCUUCACUCCAGCACAUGAAGAGAACGUCAGAUUUGUGUAUGAAGCAUGGCAGGAGGUGGAGCAGAAGCUUGGAGACGGAGGGGAGUCAACUGACAGCCAUGGCCCCAUUCAGUACACUGAGAAGACUCCCAGUGCUGCGAUGAAGAACUUUGUGCCCAUAGACCUGGAGGAGUGGUGGGCUCAGCGCUUCCUUGCCAACAUUGCCAACCUGUCAUGACUGCAUGAGGCUUUGAGCUGGGACAGGAAGCACCUUCUCAAUGCUACUUAGAUGAAGGCAUCACAAGGGUGGAGAUGAUCCAGCUCCAGAAAAUGUGGUGCAAAACGGUCGUACAUAAUUUGGAAUCUGAUUUGAUGCCCUGUGCUUCAUGCUGCUGUAGAGAGAAGUGGGUGCACAGCCCACAACCCCCUGAUGCAACAACAGCGACCUGACUGUGAAAUCACAGCGCUGACUUGACGUUGUGCUGCUACGAGGGACCCAUCUCCCUCUCUACUUGAAUGACGUAU